CAUUUUCAAAAUCCCCACAAAAACAACCCAAGAAUUUUUCAAAAUCUCUCUCUCACAAAAAUCCAUUCUUUAAAGUCCCCAGCUUCCUUGUUUUAUAAACAGUCACUUUUACCUUUCAACGAAAAACAGAGUCUUGGUCUUCUUUGUCACCGAAAAAUUCGGCGGCCUGAUUUUCUUGCGUUGCACUUCUUGGGUUUUUUUUUUUUUUUUUUUAAUUUUCUUGGUGGUGCUUUGUUUCCGGUUUGCAGAUUCUGAAAAAAGGGUUUGACUUUUUCAGAAUUGCUAUUUAGUUUCAUCAAGAUUUUCCACUGCCCUUUUUGGGAUUUUGAGUGGUUUGAUGAUUUCUGGGGAUUUUUGUCAGCUUGUUCCUUCUCUCAUAUGAUUAGGGUUUUUGGUUGAAGCAAGUCUCUGAAAAAUUGAGAGGAUUGGAUUCGGUUACAGAAGCAAUUAAAUUCAGAUUGUGGUCUAGCUUUGGAUUUGAUUAAGGAAAAAAGGCGUCCAUUAAGAAACCGUAGAGCCUUUUGGACCCAUGGUUUCUGUAUUGCAGUCUCUAUAUUAUCGACUUGGACCCAUGGUUUCUGUCUACAAAACAGACUUAAAAAUAAAAUUGAGGCAUUAUGGUGGCGAAAGAUUAUCAGAAGAGCAAAGGAUCAAAUAAAGCUGAGGUCGGAGAAAUAGACACCAGUGCACCAUUUCAAUCCGUCAAAGAUGCUGUCAACUUAUUCGGUGAAGGUGCUUUUUCAGGCGAAAGGCCUGCCAUCAGGAAGCCAAAGGCACAAUCUGCAGAACGAGUUUUUGUAAAAGAGACGCAGCUCCACCUGGCCCAAAAGGAGUUAAAUAAGUUGAAGGAACAGUUGAAAAAUGCCGAGGCUACUAAAGUUGAUGCUCUUUCAGAGCUUGAAAAGGCCAAACAGACUGUUGAGGAUUUGAGCCAGAGGCUAAGAGUCAUUAAUGAAUCCAAAGAUUCAGCAAUUAAAUCUACAGAAGCGGCUAAGCGUCAGGCAAACCAACUUGCUGAAGCCAACAACAAUGUUUUGGAAGGAGUAAAUGGACAUUCAAACGGUGAUGUUGAAACUGACAAAGCGCAGUAUUUGAAUGCUGUUGCUGAACUUAAUGCUGCUAAACAGGAAUUAAGGAAAAUUCGUCAGGAAUAUGAUGCGUCUUUAGAAGAAAAGGAGAGAGCGGCAAAGCAAGCUGCUGUAGCUGAUACUGCUGCCAAAGCAAACAUGGAGAGAGUUGGUGAACUGUCUGCGGAAAUCGCUAGUGUGCAUGAGUCGAUUCAGCAAGUAAAGUUGGCUCACAUGCAAGCAAAGGAAGACGAAACAAAAAUCUGUGCUGAUAAGGAGAAACAGAAGCAAUUAUAUAAAGAUAGAAUUGAAGAUUCAGUGAAGAGACUGGCUGCUUUGAAAAAAGAUGUAGAUCCCGAAGUCGCAAGAAAUCUGGAGUCCGAGUUGAAUGGAACCUUGUCUGAGAUUGAAUCUCUACGGAAGGAGAUGGAGAAUACAAGGGUGUCUGAUCUUGGUUCUGUCAAGGCUGUUACUGUGGAGUUGAUUGGUGCGAAGGAAUCGUUAAAUAAAGUAGCAGAAGAGGAGAGCUCACUAAGAAGCUUAGUUGAGACUCUUAAGGUUGAGCUGGAAAACAUUAAAAAGGUUCAUGCUGAAUUAAAGGAGCAGGAAGCAGAAACGGAAUCUUUGGCAGGUAAUCUACACGUCCAGCUCCGGAAAGCCAAGUCUGAGCUUGAAGAAGGACUUGCUGAAGAAGCCAAAAUCAGAGGUGCAUCUGAUGAACUGGUUGCUUCGAUUCAUCAGCUAACUACAGAGAAUGAGGCUGCUAAGAUCGAAGCUCAAGAGAUGAAACAAAAGGCUGAAGAGCUCAGCAAAGAAGCAGAAGCCGCAAGAAUUGAACUGGAAGAAGCAGAAAAUAAGCUAGAGAUUGCGAUGAAAGAAGCUGAGGAAGCAAAGGCAGCUGAGGUCAAAGCCCUUGAUCAGAUUAAGAUGCUUUCCGAGAAAACAGAUGCUGCGCGUGCCUCCACGUCCGAGCCUGGCGCCCAGAUCACUUUGUCGAGAGACGAGUUUGAGUCGCUGAGCCGGAAGGUUGAGGAAUCUGAAAAACUGUCGGAUAUGAAAGUUGCAGCUGCCAUGGCUCAGGUGGAAGCCGUGCAGGCCAGUGAGCACGAGGCCCUGCAGAGAUUGGAGGCGACCCGGAAAGAGAUAGAAGACAUGAAAGCUGCAACACAAGAGGCGCUGAAGAAGGCAGAGAUGGCUGAGGCAGCGAGGAAGGCAGUUGAAGGGGAGCUCAGAAGAUGGAGGGAACGGGAGCAGAAGAAGGCUGAAGAAGCAGCAGCACGAAUUCUUGCAGAGACAGAGAAGUCCUUGGAAUCAUCUCCCAGUAACUACCAAAUCCAAAAGCCGAGGGCUCAAGUGAAAGAAAAAGCAAGGGAAACGAAGAGGCUGGAGAAGGCAAAGACGUCUGUAUCAAAGAAGGCACUGAUGCCUAGCCUUUCAUAUGUUUUCCAGAAAAAGAAAAACAAGGUCGAGGGCGGGUCGCCUUCGUUCUUGCCUGGUGAGAGACCGGUUUGGUGAGUGCUACUGUGAGUUUCUUGUGCAGAAUAAUGUGCUAUAUGCCUUGUAAAUUUGAGGCUAAUGUUUUGAAUGCUGGACAAGAUUAGGUGACUGUUCUGGUAAUUUGGUUUUAUUUGUUAAAUUGUGCUUUUUUUUGGUGUACUGAGAAUGUAAAUGGCUGCUGGUCAUAAAUAUUGUAUAAUAACUGGGGUUUUUGUUUA